GCGCCAUGUCCUUUGAUUUACCCGAGGCUCAACCAGACACUUUGGAGGAGGUCUUUUCUGACAAGUUUCAGUACAUCAACCUGGACCAUUACAACAUUUAUCACUUCGAGGACUUGGUUAUCGAUGGGAGAAGAUAUCAGUUUCGUCUCUCCUCCAAAGGAGAUCUUAUGACGGUGGUGACUCACAUUGCUGGACGAGCCGUUCUACUCGUCUCCGUGUGGACAAAUAUGGACUAUGAAAAGCGUCUGAAGGAAAUACACCAACACAUUUUAGAGCUUGAGCGAACCGGAAAAGUACCUGUGGAUAUUCGAGGUGCGUGGACCUACUUUAUUCUCUUUCUAUCGUCUCUUUUUCAUAUCGACAGUCUACGGAGUCUAGGAAUUCUUCAUCUAUUCAGGCGUUCAUUAAACGCUUACAAAUGUUUUCACAAGCGUCAGCAGCGGACUCGAUGGAGACCGGAGCGCAUGUACAGCUCCUGACGAAAUUGGAAAGCAAACAGACUCCGAUUUACUAAGUUCAGUAUGUAUAUCAGAUGUGUGAUUGUCGGCGAAAGUGGCCCACUGACGGCUUGAUUCAGCAAUUACAUCGACCAACGGAGCUGUUAAUUCUUUGUUGUACUUUUUCUGUACAGUCCCUCCCCCCCAUUCGCCUUUAUAUCUAUGCACCAUGUAACGACCUCGCCGUACAAAAUGUGUCAAACACUUCUUUCCCUCGGCUUCGUUGUUGUAUCCGCACGCAGCUCAUUGGGUCGAACUGUUAGUGCCUACUGGCGAGUACGAAAACCACAUAUUCGCA